AUGAUGUUGCACUCCCUAUUGGAAGAAAAGUGUAUGCUAGAAGCGACUCGGAGAUGGACCGCUCUUCACGGUGACCGAGAGAUCGACCACGGCGCUAUACAGCAGAUUGCCGAAGAAAAAUACCAUGGGUUGGUUCAGCAACUAGCCCGAAAUCAGCUCGUUGUUCCUGGUUUGGAAGGAGAUGCAUUCUCAUCAACUAGACAACAGAUGCGCAAUGGUCUGGAUAUUCUAAUCUCACGACCGGGUAUACUACCGUCUCGGGAGCUGCUGGACGAAAAUGAUCGACAGCUGCAGCUGGUCAAGUUCCAGGACACCGAUGUGGAUCCCAUUCACCGAGCUGGACCAUCCCAUUAUCUCGCGAACUUUGAGGAAAUCGGUAUUAUUGGCAAGGGUGGCUACGGUGUGGUCUAUCAAGUUCGUCACAAGCUGGACCGGCAGGAGUACGCCAUCAAGAAGGUGCCUAUUAGUGCGGCUCGAGCUCAGCGAAUCCGUAAUGGCGGUGAGGACGAAUUGGCAAGGCUGCUGGUGGAACCGCGAACAAUGGCUGGUCUCGAUCAUCCAAACGUUGUACGCUACUAUAACUCAUGGGUGGAGUACUCUAGUACAGGCCUUCCAGCAUCAACCAAGCCCAGUGGCUCACCAACCUCUUUUAGCGAGAACGAGAGCGUCGCUACCUUCUCUGAUGAUGACGACGCCAUAAUUGGUGCCGCAGACGACCGUUCACUGCAACGAAUUACGACAGUCAGCGAUGACGCAAACACUUCCAUCAAUGUCUUGUUCGAGCACAGCACUUCGCAAGAACGGGCUCCUGAUUCUGGAGAUAUGGCAAAUCUCCCAUCGCGCGAAACGCAAAGUCGGAGUAUGGCGGCCGGUCAAACUUCGGACAUACUCGAGUCGAGAGGGAUCGAAGACAAAGGGCUGACCGUACCAUCAGCUGGGCCAUGCUACUUUCUGCAUCUGCAGAUGGGUCUCUACCCUAUGAGUCUUGCAGACUUCCUAUCACCAGAUGCAUACGUGUCGAGGUCAGUGAAAGCACCGGUCAUACGGCACUGCUUUCAUCUCCAGCCGACCUUGAGCAUCCUGCUUGCGAUUGUCAACGGUCUACUAUAUCUCCACCACAAAGGCACAGUCCAUGGCGACCUUAAACCCGCCAACAUCCUCAUGGCAUUGAAUGAUAACCCACGAGACAGACGGGGAUCAGUAGACCUAAUGUUGUGCGACGAGUGUCGCGCGGCCGGCCACGCACAUCCCAUCUCACUGAACGUCCGUAUAGGAGACUUUGGCCUGGCGACAGCUCUUGAUGAGGCACCAGACGCUGCACGUAAUACACCAGGUGGUACGACAAUGUAUAGACCUCUGACAGAGACAAUCCACGAUAAUAAAUACUUGGACAUCUUCGCACUCGGCAUUAUCGCAUUCGAGCUCCUAUGGCCAUUCACCACGAAGAUGGAACGGCAUGAAGCUCUGGAUGGUCUGAAACGCAAUGGCACAUUCCCAGCAGAUGGCAAGGAGAGUAUUGGGGAUGGACGUAUCCGCAGAUGCAUCUCGCAGCUUCUGGCAGGCGGUAUGACGCUCUCGAAGCUGAAGCAGGAUCUCCUGACUCUGCAGGAUGCAUAUCGGUCGAAGGCUAGUACCGGGAUAUUCACUUCCUCGACACUAUUCUACUCUGGCAUAUUUGCGGCGGCUGCGACUUGGGAUGCUGGCGCGAAGAAGCAGCGGAGAGAGCAAUGGGACAAGGCCAUAGCGGGCGUGAAGCAAGAAUUGGGUCAGCGAGUCGAGGCGGGCGAGACACAUUUGCACCAGGCCCAACAAACUGAAUUGGAUCAGGACCAUACGAAUUUAGUGGAGGCGGAGGCCACGGUCGCGUGUGUACCAGGUGUCUUCACAGAUGUUGAGCCUCAGACGCAACCAUCUCAAUGGCCUGCCAAUACUGGACCAGAUUUGCAGAUACACUCUCUUCCACCAGAGUCGAUCUAUGCUACCCAGGAUCGCAAAGCUCGCGCGAGUACUCGGAGGUGGUCGCCGAAGAAGCUGGAGACUGUGAUGCUAUCGAUAGAUUUGCUACAACUACAGCUCUUCCUCCAAAUCAAGCAGAAGCCCAACGAUGAAUGGCUCUCUACAGCAUCGGGAGCUGUGCCUGUCACUUACCGCGACAGGAUAUUCAUACCCGACACUGACCUGCAUGCGCUGAUGCAUGGCAAGUUCGACGACCUACGACGCAUAACUCAGAUGGACUCCAAAUUGUCUGGCUGGAAUCGCACAGACGGUGAUAUUGCAUUAUCGCACUACGAGCAGGAUGAGCAUGGAUUGUUCCACGAAACAGCCGAGCAGCUCAAUCUCAGUCUACGAGACCUUUUCCGACAGCACGACAGCAAUGCCAUGAGCACGUCGGUACUGCUUGCAAAAGCGGCCUACAAUCUCUCUUUAUCGACCGCACCACCGAACAUACACACAUACAACACUUUACUGCUAGGCAUGUCAAAGAUCGAGCAGCCUCGUAUCGUCAAUCGUAUCAUCUGCUCGAUGCGCGAAACGCACCUUCGACCCAACGAGGUUUCUAAUAUGGCGAUUCUGGACCACUUGACAGCCACAGACGACGCGCAAGGAUUCGUCAGAUGGGUCGGGCUGAUGCGAGGCCGUCACCAAGGUCUAGCACUUGCACGACCGGAUGUCAAGAUCACCGAAACAGGGUCGCGUCGGCUCGUGCGGGUGACGAAGGUGGAAGGUCGAGAAGACAAGAUCAUCCAACUACCGUACCCCACACCGAACGUGUUUGGUGCGCUUAUGCGAGGUGUGCUCAAGUUCAGCGGCUUCGAUACUGCUCUCAGUAUAUGCCAAGGCAUGGGUCAAGAGGGUUGGGGUUUGUGUAUGGGAGGCUUGACGCCACUACUAUUGGAUUGUGCAGAUCGUGGUGACUGGCAGGCGGGGCUGGCUGUAUGGCAGCAAAUACAGAAGCUCAGAUGGCGGAGUACUUCGAGAGCGAGGGAAGAGAAUGCCAUGCCAGAGAAGAUUCCUUUGGCUGCUUUCGCUGCGAUGCUGAGACUCGCAUCUGGUAGUGCGCAAAAGACUGUCUUCGAGGACGUUUGGGCGCAGGUCCGGAGGACGAAUGCGAAGUCUAUGGCCAUGCUUUCGAGCUUGGUCAAGGAUCAGAAUGAUCUGGCCCAGCAAGCCGGCAUUGCGAGAGAGUCUGCUGCGAAACAGGCAGGAUUAGAGCCCAAGGAGGAACUUCCGAGUCUGGUGAACCUGCUAGAUGCCUUGAGAGGACCAGCUCGUGAGUCUGCAGCGCUCGAGCCCGAGCCUCUUGUGCACAUCCGUGGUGAGGAAGAGGCAAAGGGCCAGAUUAAGCCUCCCAUUUUGAGAUCGAAGCAUAAUCACACGGCACCUGUUAUGCUUCGAGAGCAGCUCGAUGGCUGGUUGCCAGCUGGUCAUGAGCUCAACGACUAUGAACUGGGAGAACGACCUAUGGCCAUGUACAAUUAG